AUGAGCUGGGAAAAACAAAAAACUACCGACAGUCAGCGCCGAAGCUGCGCAGGGGCAGUGCGAGGUCUUCGGUACCCGGUAACGAAAAAAAGGUUGAAAUCGGUCCCAAACAAGAGAAGUCGUGCGCCUAAGGUUCGCGUCACUGUGCUCUGUGACUGUUCAGACAUCGAGGAGACGACACCGGAGCUGGUAGUCCCUCCCUGGUUGAGCUACUUACCUAUAAAGGGUGAUCUUAUUGAAGCAAAACUUGUUCAUGAGCAGCUUUGCUCAAUUGUCGAGAGGUCCGAUAGGGAAAUUUUGGGUCCUAACAUUCAAUAUCUCCCCAAAAUUGUUGCUAUAUUUGCUGAGAUGAAUACAGGGCACUAUGAAAGUAUUGGCCCCAUCUCAUUUCACAAUCAGAUAUUCGAAGGACCUGAUACUGAUAUAGAAAUAGAAGAACUAAAGUAG